UGAAGGAUUGAGGGAAUCAGGAGGAGGAUUAAGGUUACAAAGGGGAAGAGUGACACGUUAACACUCCCUGUGGAGCUAUUUACUUUACGUGGGAAUUCCACGAUCAUCUUCAUCUUCAUCAUCUACAACACAACACAACACAACACAACCCACUGGUGUUGGUGUUGGUGUUGCUCUCUCAGACUCUCACUACUCAAUUCGAUCUACUUCCUCGAGGAAUCGAUAAUCGAUGAACAAGAGACCAAGAACCUGCGUCUACAAGAAGGUUCUCGAUCUCUGGAAUCGAGAACUCGGCGAGCUAUCCGCCAGGAAUUUCGCUCACCGUCUCGGCGGCUCCGAGGAUAUUGUCCUUCGGCUUGAUGUAUUCAGGAAGCUUGAAAAGCACAGAGGAUGUGUAAACACCGUAAGCUUCAAUGCAGAUGGUGACAUCCUGGUGUCCGGUUCUGAUGAUCGGAGGAUUAUUCUCUGGGACUGGGAAUCUGGACAAAUUAAGCUGUCUUUCCAUUCUGGUCACAGUAACAAUGUUUUUCAGGCAAAGAUGAUGCCUUACUCGGAUGAUCGAAGCAUUGUCACUUGUGCUGCUGAUGGACAGGUGAGACAUGCUCAAAUUGUCGAAGGUGGAGGAGUGGAAACUAAUUUACUGGCCAAGCAUCAAGGACGGGCUCAUAAGUUGGCUAUUGAGCCUGGUAGCCCUCAUAUAUUUUAUAGCUGCGGUGAAGAUGGACUAGUACAGCAUUUUGAUCUGAGAACUGGGGCUUCAACAGAACUUUUUACAUGCCAGCCAAUUAAGGAUAGAUGGAAUUACAUGCCAGUCAUCCAUCUCAAUGCAAUUGCAAUUGAUCCAAGGAACCCAAAUCUAUUUGCGGUUGCUGGGUCUGAUGAGUAUGCUCGACUUUAUGAUAUUCGCAAGUAUAAAUGGGAUGGAUCAAGUGAUUUUGGUCAACCAACUAACUUCUUUUGCCCUUCACACUUGAUUGGUGAUGAGCGAGUUGGGAUAACAGGUUUGGCAUUUUCUGAACAAAGAGAGCUACUUGUGUCAUACAAUGAUGAGUUUAUUUAUCUUUUUACACAAGAUAUGGGUUUGGGACCAAACCCUGUUCUUGAGUCCUCCGUAUCUAUGAACAGUGAUGGAAGUGAAGUAGGAAGUAGUCAUGGAUCUGCAGCUUCUCCAUCAAACAUGGAUGCUGAUGAGAAAAUCACCCCACAAGCUUUUAAAGGACAUAGGAAUUGUGAGACAGUGAAGGGGGUUAACUUUUUUGGGCCUAACUGUGAGUAUGUGGUGAGUGGAUCUGAUUGUGGUCGGAUUUUCGUAUGGAAAAAGAAAGGUGGUCAGCUUAUUCGUGUCAUGGAAGCAGAUAAGCAUGUUGUGAACUGCAUUGAGUCUCAUCCUCAUACAAUUGUUCUUGCAAGCAGUGGUAUUGAGCAUGACAUCAAGAUAUGGACUCCAAAGGCCCUUGAAAAAGCUACGUUGCCCAAAAAUAUUGAGCGGGCUUUCAUGUUUGAUCACAUUCAUUGGUUUAAUGUCGAUGAUGAUUUCGACAAUGAUGAUUCCACCGACGAUGAUUCCACCGACGAUGAUUCUGACGACGAUGAUUCCGACGACAAUGAUUCCAACGACGAUGAUUCCAAGGACGAUGAUUCCGACGACAAUGAUUCUGACGAUGAUGAUACCGAUGAUGAUAUGUUUGAUUUUGAUGAUGAUUCCGGUGAUAAUAUGUUUGAUUCUGAAGAUACUUCCGAUGAUGAUGAUGAUGACACCGACAUUGAUGAUGUUGAUGAUGAUAAUGAUGACGGUGAUGGUUGUGAAAAUAAUGAUUGUAUCAAUGAUUAUGAUAAUGGUGACAACAAUGUUGUUCAUGAUGAUAAUAAUGAUAAUAAUGAUGACAAUGGAAACUAUGAUAAUUUUGCUGGUGGUUGUAAUAAUGCAAAUUGAUGAAGAUUUUGUGUGUCCGACAGAAACCCAAGUCCAGGGGCUGGAUGUACCAGAUGGCUUCUCCUGAAGACCUGAUGUUGCAAUUGUUUUCACUUCCGAGACGGAGCAAUAGGACAGAAAGCAAUGGAGAAAACUCAGCUGCAGAUCGAGAACUUCUAGACU